AUGGAGUCUUUAGGAGACGAUCGAGGCUUUAAAGGGGAAGAGGUGAAGGGGAAAGCACAUGUGAGCAUCAGCGUCAGAGAUAGCCCGCUGACCACAGUCUUCCUCCCCAUCGUCUACAUCAUCGUAUUUGUCGUGGGUCUGCCUGCCAACGCUCUGGCCCUCUGGGUGUUUCUAUUCCGGACUAAGAAGAAGAACCCGUCCUCCAUCUUCAUGGCCAACCUGGCGCUGUGUGACCUGCUCUUUGUCAUCUGGAUCCCUCUGAAGAUCGCCUACCACUUAAACGGCAAUAACUGGAUCUACGGCGAGGGUCUGUGCAAGGUCCUGGUGGGGUUCUACUACGCCAACAUGUACUGCUCCACCGCCUUCAUCACUUGCAUCAGCAUUCAGCGCUACUGGGGUGUCGUCCAGCCGUUAUCCUGGCAACGAAAGGACAACGCCGUGAGCGUGGCCGUCUCCGUGUUGAUCUGGCUGGCGGUCUGGGUCCUAACCACGCCCCUCUUCCUGUACGACCAGACGGUGAGGGUCAUCAACAUGGACAUCGUUACGUGCCAUGACGUCACCCUUCGUAGCCAGAGGGAGUUGGCGGCCGGCUACUUCCUGACCAUGGGCAUUCUGGGAUUCGUAGUGCCGGCGGCGGUGUGCGUGGUGGCCUACGUGCUGAUGCUCAAGGCCCUGCGGAGCUCCAUGACGGACGAGGCCAUCGCCAAGAAACGACGCAAGGCGGUGGCGCUGAUCAUCACUGUGUCGGUCAUGUUCCUGGUGUGCUUCAGUCCCAGUAACAUCAUGCUGCUGGUGCACUACAGCCUCCUGCUGGACCAGAGAACCAUUACCGGCUACGGCUUCAACAUCAUCACCCUGUGCCUGGCCAGCCUCAACAGCUGCAUCGACCCCUUCGUCUACUACUUUAUCUCGGAGGACUUCCGCGAACACGUACGAAACACACUCAUCUGCCGCAGCCAGCGCAAGGCAGAGCGCAUGCGUUUGUCCUUUAGUGCACUCAAGAACUCUGGCACCUCUCGGAAAAACAAGAGCAGCAGCUGCUGA